AUGGCAGAUAUUAAAGCCCCUCCAACUCUCUCCUCAGGUUUCUUGUCACUACCUGUCGAGCUCAUGAGAUUUGUGAUCCUUUAUAUGGACCUACCCGCCAUCAAGUCUACCCGUUUGACUUGCAAGUUUCUCUCCUUUCUCAGUACACCAUACCUCAUCCUUCCCAAAUUCCAUGGUUUCGCCCAUCGUCCCGAUCUCAAUCGUCUUCUUCAUCUAUGCCGUCAUCCGAUUUUUUCCUCUUGUAUUCAAUCUAUCGAACUCAAUCUUGGCGACAUCGAUGAAUUCCAUGCAAGGCAUAAUGCAUAUCUCUUCAAAUCAGAUCCCAAUAUAUUCAAUCCAGAAACUCGUGCCGAACUAACUGAAGAAGCUUGGUUUCGAUAUUCUAGUCUCAAGUUCUUGAGAGAGGAAUUCAACUCCCGAAUAUGUGAUUCAGAUCUGUCUGAAGUCUUCCGUUCCCUGCCUAAUUUAUCAGCCCUGUCUGUUUCUAUGGUCAAUUUCCCCUUACCCGAUGAACCGGCACUCUCUCUACUAGCAUCAGUUUGGAGAGUUCCUUCGACGAGAUUGCUACGCAGAGAAUCGACCAAGGAGCUUUUCACGACUAUUAUAAUUUCAUUACUCCGCAGUAUUGAGGUUCUGAAGCUCAGAAAACUGUCUCACGAUUGCUUGCCAUUUGAGUUUUUCGCGCAGAACAAGGUUCUAUUCGAGUCUAUAACACCUAUUUUUUAUAAUCUUACAGACUUACGCUUAGCUCUGGAUUAUAGCGAUAUACCUAAUAACUUAAGUUUCCAAGAGGUAUUUGCGAACAUCGCUACAUGUUUGUACGCUGCUACGAAUUUGGAGAGUUUCAAUCUGUGCUUUCGGUCAAAGCGUAAGAGUGAUAUUACACCACUGCUUGAGGAUUUUUUGUCAAAAUCUAAAGAAUCGAAUUUUACUUUACCUCCCCUUCGAAGCCUACAUAUAGAAGGCGUGUCAAGUAGAUUCCUUGCCAUGGAAAGCUUUCUUAUAUCGUUGGCGUCUACUCUCGAAGUGAUAGAAUUUGGAGGAGAUGGAUGCCAUGAGCCCAAUCGAUUUUCUAACGGAGGUAUACAUUUACUGGAUGGGAAAUUUCGAAGGUUGUUUGAGAAUGUGGAGAGAGCUAUUGGAGACUCAUUGACGAGAUUUGUUGUUAGGGGUGAUUUGGUGGAGAUCGAGGGUGGGAGUUCUUGGUUUCUCAAUAGGGAGGUUGGAUGGCACGGGGCUAUGGAUUGA